CACUUCAGUGAUGAUUUCCUUUGCCGCUAGUAGCAUAGCAGCUACCGCGAGUUGUAAAAGUGACAACGUUUUAAUUGGGCCGACAAUUUAAUUGGGCCUGUAAAUGAGGCCCACGAAAAAACAUUCAAAACGAUACUAAAGUAAAGACGCGCUGAACUAUGUUAAGGAACAACCUCAGAGCGAGCGAGAAUUGUCACUGUGCCGAGAAAGCCAUGCCACCGCACGAUCUCCGCCGUCCGUUUAAACGACCGGUUAUCUCCGAUCAAGAGAGGCGCAGGGAACAAUCUCUGCUCCGGCAGGCACAGAAUCGGCGCGACGCUCAGCACCACGCUCGCUUCUUGGCCUCCACCGCAUUCUCUCUCCCAUCCCAAACGCCCGAUUUCCCUAUCCCCGAACCCGAACCCGAACCCGAGGAGAACCCGGAGCCUUCGCAUAGGGACCUCGACGUCCUUGAGGCCUCGAAACUGAAAGGCGCAGAAGCUCGCAAAUGGUUCGCCAAACAGCUCAUGCUCCCUGAAUGGAUGAUCGAUAUCCCCGACAGGCUCACACAUGACUGGUUUGUGUUUGCAAGGCCUUCUGGGAAACGGUGUUUUGUCGUUUCUUGUAACGGAACAACGAUAAGUCGUUUAAGGAACGGGUCGAUACUGCAUCGUUUUCCUUCGGCGUUGCCUAACGGGGCAAGGAAGAAGGACGUCUCAUCCGGUUCUUCUCAGCUUUACUCUAUAUUGGAUUGCAUCUUUCACGAGGUGGAUCAAACUUACUACGUUAUUGACAUGGUUUGCUGGCGGGGUUACUCGCUCUACGAUUGCACCGCUGAGUUCAGGUUCUUUUGGUUGAAUUCCAAGCUUGCCGAGACCGGUGCUUGUGACCCUCCCUCGUAUUAUCACAAGUAUAGGUUCAGUUUGGUUCCGGUGUACGGUUGUGACCGGAGCGGUCUCCAUGCUGCUUAUACGGCACCAGUGCCUUAUGUCAAGGACGGUCUUCUCUUUUAUAGCAAGCAUGCACACUACCAGACAGGAAUUACGCCGCUAGCAUUAGUUUGGAAGGAUGAGAACUGUAGUCAAUAUGUUAUGGACACGGAUAGCAAAGGACAGGUUCCAAACCAACAGCAGGUGGUUUUGGAGCUUCAAGAAGAUGGAAAACUGACUACCUCUGAUGAUCCCCCUGUGGUAUUUGGCUGUUUAGAUGGAAGCUUUACCCAACAGUCAGGGUUAGAGCCUGGAUGUCUUCUACGUUUUGCAAUUGGAGAGGGAGGAUUGGUUUUGGUGGACGGCAAGCUUGAGAGAGCUAAUCUCAAUUAUCUUGGCAAGGUCAAUCGAGCUCGUGCCUCUGCUGAUAGUUUCUCUAAGGUUAUGUUCCAAUAUAGUGUUCGACACUCUCCCCUCAGAAUUGAUGAUCUGUUGGGAUCUGUCAGUUCACCAGAUGAUCAAGAAAGCAAAUCUUGUGAUAUUGAGAUGGAUGGUUGAUAGGGAAUGCACUAUGGAUUGCAAAUGUCAGCCUUUUAUCCCCCAGUGCAAUGUUAAAAGUUUUCACCUUAAUUUUUGGUUCACUAUGAUGCUUAUUUCUGUGAAGGCUUCCAUAAUUUAUAUUGACGAUUCACAAAAUUGCUAGCUACCUCACGUGCUGAGACAAUGAGUUGUGAAUUGUAAUAGUAGUCAUACCCAAGUUGCGAUUUGCAAACCAAAUUGUAUGUUUAUUUGAUUCUGACAGCUGAUAUUGAUAUGUUGUAUUUGUUUGAGUUAUGUAGUUACGGUGUAGCAUAUGAAUUGUACAGUAUAUUAUAAAU